AUGAACCUAGCGCAGCUCCUCGAGGCGACCACUGGCGCGCAUCGUGGCGCCACGUCCUCGCUGCGCCAGCGGCCUCCGCGCCUCAAGGCGUCGACCACGCUCCAUGCGCACCAGGAAGCUGCGCUCGCGUGGAUGGUCGGCCGCGAGGCUGCCACAUCGUCGCUGCGCGGUGGCGUCUUGGCCGACGGGCCCGGCCUCGGGAAGACGCUCACGACCUUGAGCUGUCUGCAGCUGCAUCCAUCGACCGACCCGACGCUGAUUGUUGUGCCAAAUGCGCUCCUCGCCCAGCAAUGGCUCGGCGAGAUGGCGCUGCAUUUCGAGCCCAACACGUGGUCGACGCUCACAUACAACCCGCGCAAGCACGAGAAGCUUUCGUUUGACGCGUCGCGCCCGCCGCCCGUUGUGCUCGUCUCGCUGCACGACUUGGGUCUCGAAUGGCAUCUCUUCCAGUCCGAGCAGAGCGAGCGGGGGCGCGCGACCUCGGUGCUCUUCCACGUGCGAUGGCAGCGCAUUAUUGUUGACGAAGUGCAAGACAUUCUUGGCGCCGGCACGUCGUUGGCCGCGUCCAUGGUGCAAGCGCUCGACGCCCAAGUGCGCUGGGGGCUAUCGGCGACACCGCUUUCCAAGCCCAUCGAUAUGCUAGGGCUCGCCAAGUACCUCGCCCUCCCGCCCUUUGACGCGCCAGCGUACUGGAGCCACAUCAACCCCAGCAAUGCGGCCCAUGUCGCGUCCAUUCAAGCGCUUUUGCAAGACAUUGUGUGGCGGACUCCGAGCACCUAUGCAGUCGAAACGCUGCAGAUCCUGCCGCGUCAAACCGAGCUGCCCGUCCGUGUCGUGCACAUGUCGGCCCUCGAGUUUGCCGCGUACCAGCCCGACUACGAUCGCUUUACCAAAGAGGUUGCCAAGCGGGUGCGGUCGAUGCGCGGGCAGCAGUCGCCGCUGCCGCUGGCCGGUCUUCGCCGCGUCUUGUCGCACCCGUCGACGCUCAAGCUCUGCAAGGGCGCUUGCCACGUCGCGCUCAACACGACCACAAAAGACUUUGGCCGCCUCCUCAACGAUCUCGUGCGAUGGCGCUCGGACGCGUGUAUCGCGGCGCUUGAAACCUGCUUGCACCGCGCGCUCGACUGCCCGUCUGCGCUCGCGUCCACCGCGUACCAGCUGCUGCGCCGUCAUGGGAGUCUCUUUCGUGUUCCGAGCGGUCUGGAGCUGCGGCUGCUCUGGACCAUGCGGGAGCUGGCCGCGCGCCCGACGUCCGUCCCGUUCCGCCACGAGGUCCACAAGACCGUCUUGGCGCUGCGAUCCGUGCACGUGCCGCAGUUUGUGUGGCGCAAGAUCUUCGCAGAGUACCUCGGCGGCGAAGAUUUCACGGAUCAGAUCGCGCGGCUCGUGCAGCAACAGACAUCGCCCUUGUACGACGUGGUCGCAGCGCUACCGCCGGUGGUCGUCGCCACCCUAUGCCUCCCGCCGACCGCCACGGACAUUGCAAACCGUCUCCCGUCCUUUAUAACGGCGGCGUGGACAACAGACAGUUUCAACGCAACGCUCGCCGAUGCGAGUCAGUUGCGCCUCAGCGAAGCCGCGUCCCGCCUUGGCACGUACGAGCGCUGGGUCGACCUUCACAAGCCCGACGCGCUCGGACGAGCCGACUGGACGGCCAAAGCCCAAGACGUCUACGCCCGUGCGAUCAGUGACUUUGGAAGCCUCGUCACCUUUGCCCAGAGCGUCGCGACUCGCAACUGGAAGCACAUCGGUGGCGCCUUUCUCCAAGCGGAGGCGUGUCAGCUCCUCGCGUGUGGCCACAUGCUGUGCGGCGGCUGCUGCGCGCAUAGUACACCGGUGUGUCCGCUGUGUGCCCGGCCGAGCCCGUUUCCGCUCAGCGCCGUGCCCCGUUUGCGCAACCCGACAUCAGGCAGCAAGUUUGAUGUCAUUGUGGAUGAGAUCGCGUCGCUCCAAGACGAAGCGACGACCAAAUGCAUUGUCUUCUCGCAGUGGCCCGAGGCCUUGAGCCUGCUGCAGACGGCGCUAUCGGCCAAGCACAUUGCGAGCCUCCACCUCCAGCGCACGAGUCAGACAAGCUUGCGCGAAGAGUUCCAGUCCAAUCCGAAUGCCCGCGUGUUGCUAUUACCGCUGAAAAAGUACAAUCACGGGCUCAAUCUGGUCGAGGCCACCCAUGUGUUCUUGGUCGAGCCGACCUUUGAGCCGGCGUUGCAGGAACAAGCGAUGGCGCGCGUCCAGCGGCUCAGCCAAACGCAGACCAGCUACGUGCACCGGUAUGUCAUGGCCGCGACCGUCGAAGCAAGAAUGUACGAGUGGACGAGUCGCACGCAGCGCUUGACGCAAGACGACGUCUACCGCGUCUUUACCAGCGAUGUUACGUCGCCUCGCUAG